CCGGGGUCCUAGCAGGCAGCACCGCCUUCCGCCGCAUGUGCCUGCAACGCGAUGCCCAAAUCCAAGCGCGACAAGAAAGUUUCCUUAACCAAAACUGCCAAGAAAGGCUUAGAACUGAAACAGAACCUGAUAGAAGAGCUUCGGAAAUGUGUGGACACGUACAAGUACCUUUUCCUCUUCUCCGUGGCCAACAUGAGGAACAGCAAGCUAAAGGACAUCCGGAGCGCCUGGAAGCACAGCCGGAUGUUCUUUGGCAAAAACAAGGUGAUGAUGGUGGCCUUGGGUCGAAGCCCAGCUGACGAGUACAAAGACAACCUACAUCAGGUCAGCAAGAAGUUGAGGGGUGAGGUCGGUCUCCUUUUCACCAACCGCACCAAGGAGGAAGUGAAUGAGUGGUUUACGAAAUACACGGAAAUGGACUUCGCUCGAGCCGGAAACAAAGCAACUUUCACUGUGACCCUGGACCCAGGGCCCUUGGAGCAGUUCCCCCACUCCAUGGAGCCACAGCUGAGGCAGCUGGGCCUGCCCACCGCCCUCAAGAGAGGUGUGGUGACCCUGCUGUCCGACCACGAGGUGUGCAAGGAGGGCGAUGUGCUGACCCCAGAGCAGGCCCGCGUGCUGAAGCUUUUCGGGUAUGAGAUGGCUGAAUUCAAGGUCACCAUCAAAUACAUGUGGGAUGCACAGUCCGGAAGGUUCCAGCAGAUGGGAGAUGACUUGCCCGAGAGUGCAUCCGAAUCAGCAGAAGAAUCAGAGGGGGAGGACGAUGGCUGACGGACACUUGGGUGGACUGUGGGACCGCCAUCCCGCUGGCCAAACAGCAGGGAGGGCACGAGGGAUGGACUGCUUUUUUGUAAGCAAUAAAACUGUCUGCGGGUGGCUCCUGUGGACAGCAAAGAGAACAUU